CACCGGGACGAUGACUGACACAGAGAAGUCUCUGGUGGCCGACUACCUCACUCAUUCCACUGCGACGGCGGAAAAACAUUACCGCAUGAAGCAGCCGGAGACCAUUGUGAGGGCCAGUCAGCUGCUGGCUAAGCUCGCUGGUGACUCAAGUGUUGAGUCUGCAGAUGAGGGUCCCAGUCAUGGUACCCGUGGCGCUGCUCGCAAUGCUGCCGACAAGCCUGCCUGUACUACAAAUGUGCAGAUGGAUGUCCAAGCAGCAUUUGACAAACUGCUGGAAACGCACCCGGUGACACUGGACGGGGACGUGCCAGACAAGACUGAGCGCAGAAAGGUGUCACCCGACUGUCAGCGGCAGUUGUACGAGCGUUGGCUGAAGGCACAGAUGAAACUGCGCGUGCAGCAUGUUCUCUCAUACUUCUGCCGACGUCUCCCAACAGAAAACCGGGUCAGCACCUGGAUUGCUAAGCGGGGAUGGAAGAAAAACCUCCCCAUCUCUGCCAAUAUCAUAAAGGAGUGGAAGCCCUCAGGAUCUGUGGACAUGGUCAUGGAUUCUAGACACAUCCAGAAAAUGACCAUCUCUCAGAGGUGGAGAGGACUACUGGUCACCGAUGUCAAAGGGAAAGGCAAGGGUGUCGUUGCCACCCGCAGAUUUCAGACUGGUGAGGUGGUCUGUGAUUACCAUGGGAGGGUGAUCACAGCCAAAGAGGGCCAUCACAUACACAAGAACACCAGUGAGGAGGAGACUGGACAUAUGUUCUUUUAUACAAAUCAAAAAGGGCAGCCCAUGUGCAUUGAUGCACAUUCAUCUAUUUGUGAGUGCCACCCCGAAAAGCAGACUGUUGGCAGGUUUAUCAACCACGCAAAAGCAGAAGCCAACCUAAGGCCCAGGUUCUAUGCUGUGGACACAGAUGGGGAGGAAAAAGAAGUUAUUCUUUUCCUCGCAACCAGGAACAUUGAGGUCAAUGAGGAACUCCUGUUUAAUUAAGGUGCGGGCAAAAAGUCUUUUCGGGGAGAGGGCCUGGGCCUCGCUUGGCUCUCUUAGACUUUCUGCAGCCAUCCACCUGGCCUGCAUUUUCAAGGCCUGUAUUCAAGUCUACAAGGACAUUGUUAGACUUUGCUCUUUUUAUUUGUACAGUAUUGGUGCACUUUGUAAAUGUAAGAAAUCUCUGUACAGAAAACAAUGAAGUGGAAGUGCUUAAACUUUAUCUGUCUCAUACCUCAUUGUAAAGCUUAGA